AACCACUCGUGUGCACGACAUGAAGGGAAUAUUUCUGGGAUUCACCUUGCUCCUGGCCUCGGCCAUGGCGGAGCCGCCGAGGUAUAGAUUCAACUCUCAGGCCCAGAACCAAAAUCAGCAAGGCAGGCAAUACUACUUCGCUCGACAGCAGCAAGACGCCCCUUACCCAGCAUCGGGUUGGCGUCCCGAAGGACCAUCCUUCGACCUGCCUGAAAGACAGUUGCAGCAGCAAUAUGGCGCUCCUGAUAAAUAUGGAGCACCCGCUGCCCCCCAAAAUCAAUACGGAGCACCUACGGCUCCUCAGAACCAAUAUGGAGCACCUACGGCUCCUCAGAACCAAUACGGAGCUCCUACGGCUCCUCAGAACCAAUAUGGAGCACCCGCGGCUCCUCAGCGACAGUAUGUAGGACCUGCUGCACCUCAGCAGCAGUAUGGAGGACCUGCUGCACCUCAGCAGCAGUACGGGGCACCCAGCAAGUUCCGUGCCUCCCAACAACAGUUCGGAGCCGCCUCUGCUCCUCAGCAGCAGUAUGGUGCCGCUGCGACUUUCACUACCGACCAGCCCAACACCACCGAAUUCGAUGAGUCCACCACCACGGUAGCAACGACCGAGUCCGAUGCCGAGCCGGUGGAUUCCGUCAACGAGCUCGAAGAGACCCCUGAAGAAGAGGGCCAGCAGAAAGUCAACGGGGAGUACUACGUGGCUCUUCCCGAUGGUCGGCUCCAACGCGUCCGCUACGCCAGCCGACACGACCUGGAGGCCAUGAAGGUGUUCGCCAGAAUUCGCGCGGAAAAUGUGGAGCCCCUGAGGGGCCCGAUCUACGCCUACGCCCCCCUGCAGAGGCUGCAGUUCGCCCCGAGCAAGCUCGAGGUGACCGCGGGUCCCCAGCAGGGCCAGGCUCCUGAGAAGCUGAGGAUCCAGGCUCAGGCUGCGAAGCUGAGCCAGGGGGAACAGGGCCCGGCUCAGCAGGUGCAGUACACGUACGAGGCGCCCUCAGCGGUGGUUCCCUUGCCAGGCUCGGCUCUCAGCUCUUCCUACACAACCUACACCGCAAACUACCAGGCGCCUAGCGAGGCUAGGUACCUUUUGACCUUCUGA